GAGAGAUCGAGUGAUAUAUGUGAACAUUAAAAAGUAUAAAAGCUCUGAUUUAUUAUUGAUUUUUUUCUAAUUUCACUAUCAAUUUUACCAUGAAGUUUACUUCUAUUCUUACUUCUGUUCUCAUUACCACCGGAACCCAGCUAGUGUUUGCUGCUCCAACUGCUACUACGGCCGAUGCAUCUUCUACUAAAAAGUGCUACAUUCCUCAAGCAUCUCCUGUUUUUCCCAGUGAUAUGGCUACAGCUACAGGAGUAGUUGAUUCAUACAACGAAGGCCCUUAUAAUCUUAGCACUACCUUGCCUACUUACACUGUAUCUGGUUACCCUGAAACUUGGAAGACACCUCCUACUGAUUCUGAUGAAGUCAAGGCUGCUAUUGCUAAGAUCGAUUGGUCCAAAGUUCCCAAUGCCCCUGUCAGAAAACAAACAAAAGAUGGUAACUGGGUCUCUGACACAGAUGGCCCCAAAGAUCCUUACUGUUGGUGGUCAGAUACAAACUGUGUCAAGCCCAAGAUUAAAAUCCCUGAGGAUUAUCAUUCUUGUCUUAAAGACAAUCAAUGGGGUCUUUCUUACGAUGAUGGACCAUUCAAUCUUUAUUACGAUGAGAAUGCAAAGACUGAAAACGCUUGGGCUGAACCUCAACUCUAUAACUAUUUGGUGAACCACAAUAAUCAAAAAGCCACUCUUUUUUAUAUUGGUUCUAAUGUUGCCACUUAUCCUGCUGCUGCCAAGAGAGGAUUUAACGAUGGUCACUAUAUCUGUGUUCAUACCUGGUCUCACCCAGCAAUGACUACCAAGACAAAUGAAGAAACUGUUGCUGAACUCUACUGGACUCUUAAGAUCAUCAAGGAAACUCUGGGUGUCACACCCAAAUGUUGGAGACCUCCUCAAGGCGAUGUUGAUGAUAGAAUUAGAUCCAUUGCCUGGCAAAUGGGCAUGCGCACUGUAUUAUGGGAUAGAGAUACCAAUGAUUGGGACAUGAAGGCUCCUGGAGGUGGUGAUCUUCCUGUAAGCACUGUGAAUGGUUACUUCAAGACAUGGAUUGCUGACCAAAAAGCUGGUAACCAAACUUCCGGUCACAUUGUUCUUGAGCACGAAUUGAACCAUGCUACUGUCAAUAUGACUGAGAGAUGGCUACCUACUAUUCAAAAGGUCUUUGAUGUUGUUCCCGCCUUGGCUUGUAAUAAUGUAACCCAGCCUUAUUGGGAAAAGAACAUGGUAUAUCCUACUUCCACAUUACCUGUCAAUAACGGAACCGAAUCUGCUUAACAUUAAAUCAACUACUGCUUAAAGCGCUAGAUAUAUUUGAAUUUAUUGUUGUAAUAAAAAUCAAAAAUCGGCAUCAAGAGAGAAAACACGACUCUCUUUUUGA